AUGUUGACUUUAAAAUUACUAUUCAUUACACUGAUGAGUAGCAUUUUUUUCCUCAAAGUGUUUGCCGAUGACCCUGGGUUCUGCAACAAUGAGCCUGUGUGUAAACCUUGCAACUGCAACUCUGCUGGCAAAUGUCAAGGGUUCUGCCAUCACGACAAGGGCAAUUCUGGUCCUAAACAUUGCGAUUUGAAUGCCCAGGGUUGCCAGUGUCCUCCUGGUAGCAAGGCCCUAGCAGGAGCCUCAUUUCUUGAGCGCCGAGGUGGAUGUAUGAGUGUAGGCGGAAGAGGAGGAGGAGGGGGCGGAAAAAUAGGGGCCGAACCUCACGGUUCGUGCGGUCAAUACAAUGGCUAUUACGCAUGUGUCUAUACUGCACCCUACUAUUGCCGGUGGAUUGGCAACACUUGUGUGGAUAUUCGCGGAACCGGACAAAAGAAGGCUCCGGCCAAGAAGGAUCCAACCAAAAAGGCUCCAACCAAAAAGGAUCCAACCAAAAAGGCUCCAACUAAAAAGGCUCCAUCUAAAAAGGUUCCAACCUGA